AAUUAUAAAAUCUGAAAAAGCGCUUUUGAAGCAUUAACAUUUUAAAAACUGUUCUAGUGGCAGCUUUACUUUAUCAUGGAGAACAGUCUGUUAACAGGGUGAGAUGCCUUCUACUACUGGAACUGUUGUGCCACUGCAUGAAGACCACAAUGAGAAUAUUGUGCUCCACAGGUUUGAUUCCAUUAAGGAUCAGGGUUCAUCAUCACAGCCUGGAUGAUGAUGAUGAUGAUGAUGAUGAUGAUGAUGAUGAUGAUGAUGAUGAAGAUUUGUUGGCUGAUGGUGGGGGCUCAGCUGGCCCCAACCACUGCCCCCACAGUCCCAAACAAUUUUUCCUACUACGACCUCUUCGGUGGAAAUGACAACAAAGAAAUUCCUGUUGCUGGUGUGAGGAUCCACGUGGCCCCUGCUCAGGCAGCAGUGUUUGCAGCUAAAGGGCAGAAUGUCACUCUACCCUGCAGGUUUUGGUACGAGCCUGAGUUGAGCUCACCCAGAAACGUGAGGAUCAAGUGGUCCUGGCUCCCUGCGGCUGGAGGACCUGAGACAGAUGUGCUGGUGGCAAUCAGCUCCCGCUCUCGAAGCUUUGGGGCGUUCAGGGGUCGUGUGAGGCUCAGACAGGAUUUCCCAGGAGACGCUGCCCUGUUGAUGCCUGGACUCCAGUUGAAGGACACGGGACGUUACCGCUGUGAAGUGGUGGACGGGCUGGAGGACAAGAGCACCUCCAUUGACCUGGAGCUACAAGGUGUGGUGUUUCCCUACCAGCACCAUCAGGGUCGUUACCACCUGAGCUUCCUGGGAGCCCAGCGGGCCUGUGAGGAGCAGGACUCCUCGAUCGCCACCUUCACGCAGCUCCUCCAGUCGUGGAAGGAGGGUCUGAACUGGUGCAACGCAGGCUGGCUGGCCGAUGGUACGGUCCAGUACCCCAUCACCCGACCCAGAGGGUCUUGCGGGGGGCAGGACCUCGCUCCGGGGGUUCGGAGCUACGGCAGAUGGCACCUGCUCCCUCAUCACUAUGAUGUCUUCUGCUUCUCCUCGUCCCUCCGAGGGAGAGUCUACUAUCUCCAGCCCUUCCACAAGAUGAGCCUGCCUGAGGCCCGGCAGGCGUGUCAGGCGGACGGGGCAGAGGUCGCUAAGGUCGGACAGCUCUACGCUGCCUGGAAGUUCACAGGGUUGGAUCACUGUGACGCCGGGUGGCUGGCCGACGGAAGCGUUCGCUACGCCAUCAGCAGGCCGCGCCAGAACUGUGGCCCCUCUGAGCCGGGGGUUCGAAGCUUCGGCUUUCCACCGCCAGAGCACAAGCAUGGAGUCUACUGCUAUAAAUCAAUGGAGGAAUGAGUAUAGAUCACAGCAGCUCCUCUGUUGGGUCAGAAAUGUCAAGUUGGCUCAGAUUAUUUUAAUACAUGUAUUCUGCUGAGCGUCAUAAUACUGUGUAAAAAGGUUUUUCAACCUAUGUCUAUGUUUGUUCAUGGCAUAAACUGGUGAAAUGAACAUUUCUACUUGAAUUUAAACCGGGAAUAAAUUCAAGUGUGCGGACUUUGAGUGAUUAUUUUUGAUACUGACACAUUUACUGUGUUCAUCAACCUCAAGUCAGUUUCACAUGAUCAGUUUUACUACAAUGCAGUAAAUAUAUCCUUUAAUUAUUAGAUGAAUUAAACGAUUUGGUGACUCCUACUCUCUAUACAGAAAUUGAACAUACACACACAGAAUUUUUUUGUUGUACAGUACUCUAAAGGUGCUUCACAGGAGUAAAAAAUAAUACAAUUAGAAUUUCACAUCCUGCCCAACAUCCUCUCUGAUUUCUAAACAGACCUCUUCCUGUUUUGAUUGAUUCUUUUUGACCUUACAUGAAACGUGUGGAGUAUUUUUGACAAUUCGCUUGUGCACGUCCACAAGGGGAGAAACCCGCAGGGAAAAAAACUGAAAACCAAAAAUGUGAUUUCAAACAUGAUAACUCAUCUGCAUGAUUAAUUCCCUAGUAGAGACAAGAGGGACAC